UGAAAUCCGAUACAGUUCCUGAUGAAUAAGCCACGGAGCUGUGGUCGAUACCUUUUGGCCAGCUUUGUUUCAAGUACAAUCUUACACAGGUGGGUUUCGCGUCGUUAUAAAAUUUAGGCACGAGUUUAGUGGUUGGCGUUAAUGUGAAGCUCACGCGCCCCUAAGGGGUCGCUGUCCCCGUAUCCACCUCCGGGGGCACACUGCGUCAUGGCGACAACGACAAAUUACUUACGCAUGUCCUAACUUCGGAGUUAAUGGAAACCCGUUCUGACAGGCAGCAGAAAAAACGUCAUGGUGGAUUGCAUUAUAUCAGAUGUACCAGGAAUCCUUGUCCCGAAGACCAGCGGCCCUUUUAAAAUGGAGGAACUGGCUCUAAUGGCCGUGCUAGAAUGCCCCCUGUGUUCGGAGCAGCUGGAUGCCUCAGCCAAGGUCCUGCCCUGUCAGCACACUUUCUGUGUGUCCUGCUUGCAGAAGCAAGAAGAAGCCCACCCCCAGCUGUUCUGCCCAGAGUGUCACGCUUCUGUACCGGCCAGGACGGUGGACGUGCUUCCUGAGAACUUGCUGCUGGUGCGGCUUUUAGAGGGGCUCCAUGGCCUCUCGGUACCCGACAGAAACACGCAGAGAGCGCGCUAUGCAGUGCCAUUCUCCAGAGGCAGCUUAAGAGUUAAGGAACAUCAGCAGCAGGAGAGUCAACACAGAGAAAAACAAGAACACAGUGAGGGCGCUCUUAGAACCUCAUUGUAUAACAAACGAAGUGAUAUGUAUGGAGAGCCGGUCUUUGCACCUGCUAACAGCAUCACCCCAAACCACAAAGUGGAAGACAACUGGUACCAUGAAAACACCAGUGACAGUAGCAGAACAUCUGUCAGCACUCUGCAGGCAGCCAGCCAGAUGCCUCAGCUGCAACCUCCCGAGCAGGCCCAGCCACCACCUCUCUGCAAGGCGCUGUGCGACUUUGACCCAGAAGAGAUGAAUAUUGAAGACAGAAAAUAUUGUCUCAGCUUUUGCAAGGGAGACAUCCUGACUGUCAUCAGACGGGUAGAUGAGACCUGGAUUGAAGCCAAGUUAGGGGAAAAAGUUGGAAUUUGUCCUCAACAGUUAACAGAGCCAAACUCGAUCGCUGCCAAACUGCUUAAGGGAAAGAGUCGGAAGCGGGGUGACUCAGCAGAAUCUCACCACCAAGCAGGGAGCGGGGGCACAGACAAGGCCACUGACGUAUCCAACAGGACUAGCCAUUACGGAGUCCCAGCAACGACUCCGGUCAUCAAUGCUUUGCCUCUCUCCAACCAGCGGAAACAGCCUACAGCUGGAAACCGUAACUUUUAUCAGGCAUCCACCAACAUCAACACCUCCGGCAGUUUUAACGGUCAGGGUCAGGCGAAGCGUUUCUCUGUGCCCUCUGCUGUGCGUAGCCAUUCUUACCCUUCCAGAGUGAAUUUCCGUCGAAUUAACCGGUACUCUGACGCUCACAGACACCUGUUACAGAGUGAGAAGGAGAUGACCAGUGAGCCUCCACCCACCAUUUCUAUGGCUCUGGUGAACCCCCAGAUGCCCUCUGCAGCUUCAGACAGUAGGAACUCCUCCACUCAGCAGCUCUCCAUCAGUGUCUGUGCUGUUCUCUACUCCUACAAACCUCGACGACCAGAGGAACUAGAGCUAAGGAAAGGAGAGAUGGUAGGAGUGUAUGGAAAGUUCAAAGAGGGCUGGCUGCGUGGGUUGUCACUUAGAACGGGCAAAGUGGGAAUACUUCCCAGCAACUACAUCACACCUGUGCUUAGAACCUCAGCCAGACUUUUGGAGACCAAAGCAGCAAAUGCAUCCUCACAGCACAGCACAGUUGCUGGAAGGAAACCCACAUCUGCAAAGAAUCCUGCUGUGGUCCUUGAUAAGGUGAAUGGUGAUGGAAUGCCAUACUCAACAGGAAAAGUGCCGUCUGUGCCAAAUGGAGCACAGCAUGCAGUGUCAUCCACUGGCACUGCAAAGCCAUCCUUCUAUGGGAGUUCUCAAGGUUGGGACACUGUUAGGCGUAUUUUUAACCCACAUCGAGGCUCAAACCGCUCCUCCCAUAUGUCCACUUACAACAUCCCGUCCAGCUCGCAACACUUUGCACAAGUUCAGGCAUCAGGCUACUCACCAGCUCUGCAGAGGAAGAAAAACAUUAAUGUUCGGUCCAACUCUACCAAACUACCCGGCUGGAUGACUGAGCCAGCAGCGCCCUCUGCUGCUGCAGCCCUGAAGGACAGGGACUUCGCUGCCUCACAUGAAGCAUUAUUUCAGCAUCACAGACAUCUCACAAGCGCACCUCAAUCAAUUCUGGUCAAACCUGAUGCACACAAGAACAGCACAGACAAGCCUCCAAAAUCAGUUCGGUUCCUCACAAGUGAAGAAUCUCCUCCUUUAAGACAUCGAACCUCUUCCUGGUCAUCAGGAACUCAGGUUACCCCUAUCUAUCGUCCUGGACCCCUUCCUUUAGAAGUGUGGGCCCCUUCACUCACCCUAGGCAGAGAUGGCCCUGGGAUCGUUCUCAAAGAAGGAAGAGGUCCUGUUCUCAGAAAGGGUCUUGAAACAGCCACUUCAGAUCUAAAUUCUUACCCACAGAAACCCCCACCUUCACAGCCAUCACUGUCAGCCCUUUCAGCUCAGUUCAGCCCCAGCAGACACAGAGUGACUACAACACAUUUAGCCCAGACAGACUCAGAGCUCAGUCUGCUUCAAGGGGAGUUGGUCCUCGUCCACAGACCUCGACCUGAUGGACGGGUUCUUGUUACUCAGGAAAACAGUGGGCAGACAGGCUUAUUCCACAGCAAUGUCCUUCAAGCCCUUGAGAGGCUCAGCUGACUGUGUAUUUCUAUUGUAAUUAUAUUUCUAUAUUCUGUGUGUUUAAACUGCCAAAUGAAAUAUAAAAAGAGGCAUUUUAAGGUCCAAAGUUUAAUUUAGCUAGAUGACAAUCCAAUGAAAGUUGUUAAUUUAGGUCCUGAGUGCAUAUGAGAGUGUGAUUCCUGGAGAUAUACUUAGUUCUUUGAUGUGUGCGCAUGUUUGUGACACUUAACUGUUGUAAGAUUUUUGCACUAAAACUAAUGUCAUGACUGUUCCUUGUUCAUACCCAUGAUACAUGUAAUGGUGAGUGCCUUUGUGAAAAUCCACCAAAAAUAUAAAUUCAUAUAUUUGAGUAUAUUUAGAGAAAUUAUAAGCUAAUAUAUCUGUGCUGCUUAAGUGUUAAAGAAUACAUACUUCCACAUCAUGGGUAGUUUGAUGUCUUCCUUCUAACUAACAAAAACAUGUUAGCCUCACUUUGUAACAUGUGACUACACCUUUUGAAAGACUGAAGAUUAUCUACAAUGCUCUUGGGACACGUAAGUUAAAUGUGUGUUAAAUGAAAUUAUCUUACCAAUUUUUAGCAGUUAAGUAAAUAGUUGUAUUUACUGUAGCACUUUUCUAGAGCAAAUGUUUCACAAUAAUAA